UGUUGUGUGCCUGUGAGAAGCUAAACGUUUGCUUGCACAGCACACCAGUUGGGCUUCUAGAUCCAGAGCACCGAAUCUCUUGAUUUAGACUAAAUAUCCAGCUCUCCAAAACAAUCAGUCCAGAUUCUUGAGUUUAGCGAUGGGGAAUUCUAACGGCAGCACCGUGGACGACCUGCAGGCCGUUGAAAUGCAUCUUUGGUAUAAGAAGUUCAUGACUGAGUGUCCAUCUGGUCAGCUCACGCUGCAUGAGUUUAAGCAGUUCUUUGGAAUCAGAGGUCUGGACCCGGAGGCUAAUGCGUAUAUUGAGCAGAUGUUUCGCACAUUCGACAUGAACAAGGACGGUUAUAUUGACUUCAUAGAGUAUGUAGCGGCUCUCAGUCUAGUAAUGAGAGGCAAAAUGGAGCACAAACUAAGGUGGUAUUUCAGACUUUACGAUGUGGAUGGCAACGGCUGCAUUGAUAGACAUGAGCUGCUAAAUAUCAUAAAGGCCAUCCGUGCCAUCAAUGGAAAUGAGGCUCAAGAAUUGAGCGCUGAGGAGUUUACAAAUCGAGUGUUCAAUAGAAUUGACAUCAAUGGAGACGGGGAGCUGUCACUGGAGGAGUUUGUAGCAGGUGCUCGCAGUGAUGAAGAGUUUAUGGAGGUGAUGAUGAAGAGUUUAGACCUUUCACACAUAGUGGCUAUGAUCCAUAACAGGAGACACAGCGUAUAAGACCUCGUCUAUAUUUGCAUGUCACUUCGUGUUCUCAUUUAGGCCCUUUUAGGCUUUUGAGUCUCUAACCUGAUAAAAAAAAGUCAAGCGCUUGGUUGUCAUAUUACACCAUCUCACUUGUGGGUUAAGUACAGAGGUUUUUCAAUACAAGGACAGAGCUACAGCAGUGAAGAGAUUAAAUUUGCGUGGGACAUUCCACAUCUAAACUGAUCGUUUCCCAAAAGCACUCUCAAUAGGCACAGAGUGGCAUCAUGGAAGAAGAGUCAGUAUGAUGUGGGCAAGUCCACUGAGUGUUUUAAUUACACUUCCUUGUAAAACAAAUCUUUUGAAAAACUUUUUAAGAUUUUGA